CAGGGCCACAGAGAAAGUGGCACCAGAUGGAGACCCAGACCGUGCAGCGGGAGCUGGAAACACUUCCAACCACCAAGAUGGCUCAAACCAACCCCAUGCCAGGCUCUGUGGGGCCAUGGAAGAUAACUGUCUAUGACCAGGAGAACUUCCAGGGCAAGAGGAUGGAGUUCACUAGCCCCUGCCCAAAUGUCUCAGAGCGCAGUUUUGAUAAUGUCCGAUCUCUCAAAGUGGAAUGUGGCGCCUGGAUUGGUUAUGAGCAUACCAGCUUCUGUGGGCAGCAGUUUAUCCUGGAGAGAGGAGAAUACCCUCGCUGGGAUGCCUGGAGCGGUAGUAAUGCCUACCACAUUGAACGUCUCAUGUCCUUCCGCCCCAUCUGUUCAGCUAAUCAUAAGGAGUCCAAGAUUACCAUCUUUGAGAAAGAAAACUUUAUUGGGCGCCAGUGGGAGAUCUGUGACGACUACCCCUCUUUGCAAGCCAUGGGUUGGGUCAACAAUGAAGUCGGUUCCAUGAAGAUACAAUCUGGGGCGUGGGUUUGCUACCAGUAUCCUGGAUACCGUGGCUACCAGUAUAUAUUGGAAUGUGACCAUCAUGGAGGAGACUAUAAACACUGGAGAGAGUGGGGUUCUCACGCCCAGACUUCCAUGAUUCAAUCGAUUCGCCGUAUCCAACAGUAGUGAAUUAAAAGCUCCUAGAGAAUUCAAGCAUGACACCUUGCUAAGCAACCCAGAAUGACUUUUAUGUUCCUCUCAGACACUGCUUCCAAAUGUUAGCUGAAAUUCACAAUAAAUGUCAUUUAAAAAAAGUUGUA